ACCGCCCCCCCCCCCGCCAAUAACGGCGAUUUCUUCCCCCGACCCUUCCCCGACGACCCGGACCGGAGUCCGAACCAGACCCGAACCCCCAACACUAAACGAAGCUCUUACUACUACAAAAAACUCAAACCCUCCUCCACAAACCCUAACCCUACCACCAGCACUACCGAAGCCGAGUCCUCCAGCGGACAGGAAACGGCGUCGCAGCGGGGUGACUAUCGGAAGGACCGCGAGGAGUGGAGCGACACGGCCAUCUCGUGUCUUCUAGAAGCUUUUACUGAGAAAUUCAAUCAGCUGAACAGGGGAAACCUGAGAGGGAGGGACUGGGAGGAGGUGGCUGAGAUGGUCAGCGAGCGAUGUGGGACUGGUGGUGGUAAUAAGUCAACGUACAAGACCGUAGAGCAGUGCAAGAAUAAGAUUGACAAUUUGAAGAAAAGGUACAAGGUGGAGCUGCAGAGGAUCACUAGUAGUGGGUUGGGGGCCAGUCAUUGGCAUUGGUUCAAGAAGCUUGAGGUCAUUCUGGGGAGUUCUCUUGUGCCUAAAGGUGGCGGUGGUUCGGAUGAGGAACGCAGUGGCGGCAGAGCCAAUUCUAAUGUGGCUAAGCAGCCUAAGAGAUACACACCUGGCAGCACUGGAUUUACAAACAACCUGAAAUCCAAAUCGAUGCCAAAUGUAAAAUGGAAAAGAGUAAUGCUUAAAAUUAGUGGUGCUGCGUUAGCUGGGGACUGCCAGAGCAUCGACCCCAAGGUAGCAAUGCAGAUUGCUGAGGAAGUGGCAAGAGCUUGCCGUCUUGGAGUGGAGGUAGCAAUCGUUGUUGGAGGCUGUAAUUUCUUUUGUGGAGACACAUGGGUGUCUUCUACUGGAUUGGAUAGAUCUACAGCAUACCAAAUUGGUAUGAUGGCAACAGUCAUGAAUUCUGUACUACUUCAAUCAGCUUUAGAGAAGGUAGGUGUUCAGGCACGGGUCCAAACAGCAUUAACAAUGCCAGAGGUUUCUGAGCCAUAUAACAGGCUUCGAGCCAUACGACAUCUUGAGAAAGGCAGAGUUGUUAUAUUUGGUGGAAUUGGUGCUGGCACUGGAAAUUAUCUCUUCACCACUGAUAUUGCAGCAGCCUUGCGAGCUUCUGAGCUUAACGCAGAGGCAGUCCUUAAGGGUACAAACGUUAAUGGCAUAUACGAGUGUCAUUCUGGUAGCAACAGUGUCACUUUUGAUCAUACUUGCUAUAGGGAGGUUGUUUCUAGAGGCAUUACCUCUGUGGACAUCAUGGCAUUAACAUACUGUGAAGAGAAUGGAAUUCCUGUUGUAAUUUUCAAUUUGCUGGAACCUGGAAAUAUUUCAAGAGCUUUAUGCGGAGACCAAGUUGGAACUUUGAUUGAUCAGGCAGGAAGGAUUGGCUAAUGCAUAUGGAGCCAUCCAUUCCAAUGCUUUGAAGUGCGGUUUAAGUUUCUAUGAAGUACCACUGGUCCUGAAAAGGAUGUCGGAUUUUCUGUUUCAGUGGCUCCUCUUGCAUUCACAUGACUGUAGUUUCCCUCAGAAAACCUGAGUCUUCGUGAGAGAGAGCACGAAAGCAGAUGAGUUGAGGCAGUUGGUUCAUUGUAAAUGUUAACAAUUGUGUAUUAAGAAAGCAGAGGAAGCAGCUGGGUUAGGCAGUUGGUUCAUUGUAAUUGUAAAAUGUAAAACGGUUGUGUAAUAAGAAAACAAAGGAAGAAGGCGGGUUAAUGCCUAUGUAAAGCUCCCAAUCAACCGUAGGAAAUUCAUGAAAUAUUAGUUCACAGUUCAUCCA